GGCCUCACCAAGAGGGCCCCAAGACGGCCCUCCGUAGCCAUUUUGGCUCAAGCCAUUUUGGCUCAAGGUCUUCUGCUCGAGCUACACGCCCGUAGCAAAUCCAAGGCCGAUCAGAGGACUUGUUUACGAGCGUACACCGUCUCAAACAUGGGAGUUUGUGCAAGCUCGGGAGCUAAGAAGUCUGUUGCGAACCCCGCGGUCAAGGAGUCGUCGCCACCACCAAGCAAAGUCGAGGUACUCGGAUUACCAGUCUCGCAGAACACGAUGGGUCCAGUUUUGCUCGCUAUGGACUGUGGGAAGGGUGGUCUGGAGAUGUGCGACAUCAUGAAAGGCGAGCAGAUGAAACCUGAGUUUCUGGCCAUGAACCCGUUCCACCACAUCCCGACCAUGAAGGAUGGAGGUGUCAGCAUCGGCGAGUCUACUGCCAUUCUCCGCUACAUCGCGAUGAGGUACAAGCCCGAGUACUACCCUGUGGACGACCCAGUCGCGUGUGGCAAGAUCGAUUUCGCCCUUGACUCUUUCACUGCUGAGGUGUACGAGAAAGGCCACUACCACACCGUGUACGUCGUUUUGGGGUUCACCUCAGCUCCUGUAGACCAGAAGGCCGCGAACGAUAAGUACAGCGAGCUAUUGGAUGCCUGGCUCAAGCAUUUCCUGCAGGGCAAGUUCGUGAACGGUGACAAGCUCAGUAUCGCCGACUUCAAGGCUGUGCCAUUCCUGAUUGCUGGUUUGCAGCCAGCGGUGGAGUCAACAAUUGGCUUGACGCUUCCUGACCGCGCAAGGCAGUACGUCGAGGACUUCUGUGCAGCUGUGCCGUCGUCGGGCAUGCUGAAGAGCGCUGGAGGCUACUCUAUUGUUGAGUUCCUUGCAAGCAAAGCGCCAGAUGCGAAGGCAGCAGUCAACAGCUACACUAAGGUGGAGUAUAUCAUGGAGCCAACACCAGAACCUUCGGGUGAUGUGAAGAUAUUCGGAUUACCAGUCUCGCAGAACACGAUGGGUCCAGUUUUGCUCGCCAUGGACUGUGGGAAGGGUGGUCUGGAGAUGUGCGACAUCAUGAAAGGCGAGCAGAUGAAACCUGAGUUUCUGGCCAUGAACCCGUUCCACCACAUCCCGACCAUGAAGGAUGGAGGUGUCAGCAUCGGCGAGUCUACUGCCAUUCUCCGCUACAUCGCGAUGAAGUACAAGCCCGAGUACUACCCUGUGGACGACCCAGUCGCGUGUGGCAAGAUCGAUUUCGCCCUUGACUCUUUCACUACUGAGGUGUACGAGAAAGGCCACUACCACACCGUGUACGUCGUUUUGGGGUUCACCUCAGCUCCAGCAGACCAGAAGGCUGCGAACGAUAAGUACAGCGAGCUAUUGGAUGCCUGGCUCAAGCAUUUCCUGCAGGGCAAGUUCGUGAACGGUGACAAGCUCAGCAUCGCCGACUUCAAGGCUGUGCCAUUCCUGAUUGCUGGUUUGCAGCCAGCGGUGGAGUCAACAAUUGGCUUGAAGCUUCCUGACCGCGCAAAGCAGUACGUCGAGGACUUCUGUGCAGCUGUGCCGUCGUCGGGCAUGCUGAAGAGCGCUGGAGGCUACUCUAUUGUUGAGUUCCUCGCGAGCAAAAUGCCUGCGUAGGCAGCUGCCAGCAAUGUAACAGGCGACCCCUGAGCUGUUGAAAGCAGCCUGGUGAAAGUUCACGUUUGCAUUGCUGUGCGGGAGUGGUACAGACUAGAUCUCUUCCUCGAGCCAACGGUGUAUUUGGCACUUGUGCUUCGCGGUAAGGCUCUUGCGUUCGGUCCUCGGUAUUUGCAUCCGUGACUCCUUGCAUCCAUAGUUCCUCCUCCUUCUCCUCCCGCUCCCUCCUCUCUGGUUGUGGACCCUUUCCCCGCCUAGUGGCCCCCUCGUGGACCUCCCCCUCCUCCGCACCUGGCAGCAGGCAGCACACGUCCGUCGCUCUUCGGUGCCCGAAGCCUGUACAUCGGCUGGUCGGAGGGAGGCACGAAGUCUGGCCCCGACAGACGUGUCCAGCUCUGCUCUCCAAUUUUCCCGGCAGUCGUUGGCAGUGAGAAGCCUGAUUUGCAAGCGCUAUGGCACAGGGAGGUUUAUCAAAGUUCCCUGUCACAUGAUAGCCAGCGUGGGCCCCGAACAUGGUGCUUCUUGCUGUCUGUGUUUUUUGUUGUCUGCUCCCCACUCCACAGCUCGAGAUUUGGGGUCCACGCUGGCAGACCUGCCAAUUUAUAAUGCUUUCAGUUUCAGUAAAUGUUUGAUUUUCCCGAGGCAUGCGUCCGCGGGUCGGGCUCACGCUGGAUGCGUUUGCCCGCAUUUUGUGCCGAGUGGUUCCCGAAGUCCUAGAUACAUGAUGGGCUCUGGAAUGCGGCAUACUCGCUCCGUGUACCUCGGUUUUGCCGUGUUGUGCGCAAAAAAAGAGGGCCCCAAGACAAAGUCUGUUGCGAACCCCGCGGUCAAGGAGUCGUCGCCACCACCAAGCAAAGUCGAGGUACUCGGAUUACCAGUCUCGCAGAACACGAUGGGUCCGGUUUUGCUCGCUAUGGACUGUGGGAAGGGUGGUCUGGAGAUGUGCGACAUCAUGAAAGGCGAGCAGAUGAAACCUGAGUUUCUGGCCAUGAACCCGUUCCACCACAUCCCGACCAUGAAGGAUGGAGGUGUCAGCAUCGGCGAGUCUACUGCCAUUCUCCGCUACAUCGCGAUGAGGUACAAGCCCGAGUACUACCCUGUGGACGACCCAGUCGCGUGUGGCAAGAUCGAUUUCGCCCUUGACUCUUUCACUACUGAGGUGUACGAGAAAGGCCACUACCACACCGUGUACGUCGUUUUGGGGUUCACCUCAGCUCCAGCAGACCAGAAGGCUGCGAACGAUAAGUACAGCGAGCUAUUGGAUGCCUGGCUCAAGCAUUUCCUGCAGGGCAAGUUCGUGAACGGUGACAAGCUCAGCAUCGCCGACUUCAAGGCUGUGCCAUUCCUGAUUGCUGGUUUGCAGCCAGCGGUGGAGUCAACAAUUGGCUUGACGCUUCCUGACCGCGCAAGGCAGUACGUCGAGGACUUCUGUGCAGCUGUGCCGUCGUCGGGCAUGCUGAAGAGCGCUGGAGGCUACUCUAUUGUUGAGUUCCUUGCAAGCAAAGCGCCAGAUGCGAAGGCAGCAGUCAACAGCUACACUAAGGUGGAGUAGAUCAUGGAGCCAACACCAGAACCUUCGGGUGAUGUGAAGGUAUUCGGAUUACCAGUCUCGCAGAACACGAUGGGUCCAGUUUUGCUCGCCAUGGACUGUGGGAAGGGUGGUCUGGAGAUGUGCGACAUCAUGAAAGGCGAGCAGAUGAAACCUGAGUUUCUGGCCAUUAACCCGUUCCACCACAUCCCGACCAUGAAGGAUGGAGGUGUCAGCAUCGGCGAGUCUACUGCCAUUCUCCGCUACAUGCGAUGAAGUACAAGCCCGAGUACUACCCUGUGGACGACCCAGUCGCGUGUGGCAAGAUCGAUUUCGCCCUUGACUCUUUCACUACUGAGGUGUACGAGAAAGGCCACUACCACACCGUGUACGUCGUUUUGGGGUUCACCUCAGCUCCAGCAGACCAGAAGGCUGCGAACGAUAAGUACAGGCGAGCUAUUGGAUGCCUGGCUCAAGCAUUUCCUGCAGGGCAAGUUCGUGAACGGUGACAAGCUCAGCAUCGCCGACUUCAAGGCUGUGCCAUUCCUGAUUGCUGGUUUGCAGCCAGCGGUGGAGUCAACAAUUGGCUUGAAGCUUCCUGACCGCGCAAAGCAGUACGUCGAGGACUUCUGUGCAGCUGUGCCGUCGUCGGGCAUGCUGAAGAGCGCUGGAGGCUACUCUAUUGUUGAGUUCCUCGCGAGCAAAAUGCCUGCGUAGGCAGCUGCCAGCAAUGUAACAGGCGACCCCUGAGCUGUUGAAAGCAGCCUGGUGAAAGUUCACGUUUGCAUUGCUGUGCGGGAGUGGUACAGACUAGAUCUCUUCCUCGAGCCAACGGUGUAUUUGGCACUUGUGCUUCGCGGUAAGGCUCUUGCGUUCGGUCCUCGUAUUUGCAUCCGUGACUCCUUGCAUCCAUAGUUCCUCCUCCUUCUCCUCCCGCUCCAUCCUCUCUGGUUGUGGACCCUUUCCCCGCCUAGUGGCCCCCUCGUGGACCUCCCCCUCCUCCGCACCUGGCAGCAGGCAGCACACGUCCGUCGCUCUUCGGUGCCCGAAGCCUGUACAUCGGCUGGUCGGAGGGAGGCACGAAGUCUGGCCCCGACAGACGUGUCCAGCUCUGCUCUCCAAUUUUCCCGGCAGUCGUUGGCAGUGAGAAGCCUGAUUUGCAAGCGCUAUGGCACAGGGAGGUUUAUAUCAAAGUUCCCUGUCACAUGAUAGCCAGCGUGGGCCCCGAACAUGGUGCUUCUUGCUGUCUGUGUUUUUUGUUGUCUGCUCCCCACCCCACAGCUCGAGAUUUGGGGUCCACGCUGGCAGACCUGCUAAUUUAUGAUGCUUUCAGUUUCAGUAACUGUUUGAUUUUCCCGAGGCAUGCGUCCGCGGGUCGGGCUCACGCCGGAUGCGUUUGCCCGCAUUUUGUGCCGAGUGGUUCCCGAAGUCCUAGAUACAUGAUGGGCUCUGGAAUGCGGCAUACUCGCUCCGUGUACCUCGGUUUUGCCGUGUUGUGCGCAAAA